AGUUUUUUUUUUUUCCUUUUCCUUUUCGUUUUUAUUUUUUCCUUCUCCGAAGGAGAGGCUGUGCCUGCUGUGUGUGUAGGUAUUGUAAAUCCGUAGGCCAAAGCAGCGAUUGAAACACUCGCAGGGUUUCAGCAACUCGCCCGAGCGGGAAAAUAUUGCCGGAAGUUAGGGUUUUCGCCACUCGGCAUUGGUCGGAUUCGAUUUGGACAUCCUCCGAUUCGGUUGCUCUGCUUACUUUCUUCUUCGAGCUUCGUGUAGGUUUCAGCAACAACACCGUGCGUCAAGAUGAGGAUUAUGAUAAAGGGAGGUGUUUGGAAAAACACCGAGGAUGAGAUCCUCAAGGCGGCGGUUAUGAAGUAUGGGAAGAAUCAGUGGGCUCGUAUCUCUUCGCUUCUCGUUCGGAAAUCUGCCAAGCAGUGUAAGGCUCGCUGGUAUGAGUGGCUGGACCCGUCGAUCAAAAAGACUGAGUGGACUAGAGAAGAGGAUGAGAAACUGCUCCAUCUUGCUAAGCUCAUGCCCACUCAAUGGAGAACAAUUGCACCCAUUGUGGGCCGUACUCCAUCCCAGUGUCUUGAAAGAUAUGAGAAGCUCCUUGAUGCUGCCUGUGUUAAGGAUGAUAACUAUGAGCCUAAUGAUGACCCUCGAAAGCUGCGCCCGGGGGAAAUUGACCCGAAUCCUGAAUCUAAGCCAGCACGUCCUGACCCUGUUGAUAUGGAUGAGGAUGAGAAGGAAAUGCUUUCUGAAGCAAGGGCUCGGUUAGCCAACACAAGGGGAAAGAAGGCCAAAAGGAAGGCUAGAGAGAAGCAGCUUGAAGAGGCUAGGAGGCUUGCUUCCUUGCAGAAAAGAAGGGAACUUAAAGCUGCUGGUAUUGAUAUUAGGCAAAGAAGGAGAAAAAGGAAGGGGAUUGACUAUAAUGCUGAAAUUCCUUUUGAGAAGAGGCCUCCUCCUGGCUUCUAUGAUGUUGCUGAUGAAGAUACUGCAGUGGAACAACCAAUGUUCCCUACUACCAUCGAAGAACUUGAAGGGAAACGAAGGGUUGAUGUGGAAGCACAGUUGAGAAAGCAGGACAUAGCAAAGAACAAAAUUGCUCAGAGGCAGGAUGCUCCAGCUGCCAUCCUGCAAGCUAACAAGCUAAAUGAUCCUGAAUCAGUUAGGAGGAGAUCAAAGUUGAUGCUACCUGCGCCUCAGAUUUCUGAUCAUGAAUUGGAGGAAAUUGCAAAAAUGGGCUAUGCUAGUGAUCUCAUUGCUGAGAGUGAGGAACUAGCAGCGGGGAGUGGUGCAACACGUGCACUUCUUGCGAACUAUUCCCAGACACCUCAUCAAGGAAUGACGCCGUUACGCACCCCGCAGAGAACUCCUGCGGGUAAAGGGGAUGCCAUCAUGAUGGAGGCAGAAAACCUUGCUCGGUUGAGAGAGUCACAGACCCCAUUAUUGGGUGGAGAUAACCCUGAGUUGCAUCCCUCAGAUUUCUCUGGGGUGACUCCUAAGAAACGGGAAAUUCAAACUCCAAAUCCUUUAUUGACUCCUUCUAUGACCCCCUCAAUGACUCCUUCGAUGACUCCAGGAAGAGCUAGUGUUACUCCUAGAGUUGGCAUGACACCUUCACGUGAUGGAUACGCUUUUGGUAUGACUCCAAAGGGGACACCCAUUAGGGAUGAACUACAUAUAAACGAAGACAUUGAUAUGCCUGAUAGUGCUAAGCUUGAGAGGAGAAAGCAAGCUGAUCUGAGGGAGAAUUUGCGAGCUGGUCUUAGUAAUUUGCCACAGCCCAGGAACGAAUACCAGAUUGUUGUACAACCGCCUCCAGAAGAGUUUGAGGAACCAGAAGAGAAGAUUGAAGAGGAUAUGUCUGAUAGGAUGGCCAGAGAAAAGGCUGAGGAGGAAGCACAGCUGCAGGCAUUGCUUCGGAAGAGAUCAAAGGUACUGCAGAGGGAGCUCCCAAGGCCCCCUGCUGCUUCUUUGGAAUUGAUUAGAAGUUCUCUGCUGAGAGCUGAUGGAGACAAGAGUUCGUUUGUUCCUCCGACGGUGAUUGAACAAGCUGAUGAGCUGAUAAGAAAAGAGCUUUUGAAAUUAUUGGAGCAUGACAAUGCAAAGUACCCACUUGAUGAGAAACCAAAUAAGGAGAAAAAGAAAGGUACCAAGCGUUCAGCAAAUGGACCCGCUACACCUAUCCCUGUCAUAGAGGAUUUUGAGGAAGAUGAGCUAACAGAGGCUGACACUUUGAUAAGAGAAGAGUCUCAGCAUGUACGUGUUGCAAUGGGGCAUGAGGGCGAGUCUCUUGAAGAAUUUGUUGAAGCACACAAGACUUGCCUGAAUGAUUUGAUGUACUUUCCUACUCGGAGUGCUUAUGGUCUUUCUAGUGUCGCUGGUAAUAUGGAGAAAUUGGCUGCCUUGCAGUUUGAAUUUGAGAAUGUCAAGACAAGGUUGGAGGCUGAAAGGGAGAAGGCAUUACGCCAUGAAAAGAAAGUGAAUGUUCUGACGCAAGGUUAUCAGAUACGUGCUGAAAGGCAGCUUAUGCCACCAAUCGAGUCAAUCUUAAAGCAAAUAGACACUGCUGGAACGGAAUUGGAAUGUUUCCAAGCAUUACAAAAGCAAGAGCAGUUAGCUGCAUCACACAGGAUUAAUAGUCUGUGGGAGGAGGUACAGAAGCAAAAAGAACUGGAAAAAAUUCUUCAAAGGCAGUAUGGAGAUCUUGUCACUGAGUUGGAGAGGAUGCAGCUGCUUGUCAAACAUUACAGAGAACAAGCCAAACAAGAAGAGAUUGCUGCCAAGGAACGUUCGAUUGAAUUGUCUGCUACUGUUCAAGAUGAUGCCAUGGUAGAUGCCGAGACCUCCGAGCAGCCAAUGUCAACAAAUGGUGCUGUGCCCGUCAGUUCUCUAUCUCACAAUGAAGUUGCACCACAUCCAGAGACUGAUCAAGCUGGAGAACAUGUCACCACAGAUGCAGAACUAGUUGCCAGCACCGGGGUUGAUGAUGGUGCAGUGAGGUCUGAGGAUGAUGUAAAGCAGGGUUCAAUUUCUGCAGACCAACAAACGGUCCUCUUGGCCGAAACAAAUCCAGGUAGUGGCGACAAUGCUGAUGCCAUUGGGCAUGUGGUCCAAGGCCAAGUCCCGAGUGCCGAAAUUGAUGAACACAAGGCAGAAAGGGAUGAAAAUGUUGCAAAGGCGGAUGUGGAGGAUGUUACCAUGUCUGAACAAGCAGCGACGAGGACGGAGGAAGAAAGAGAGUCCACGGAUACUAUUGAGAAGGAAGAGUGAAGCUUGAAAUUGCAUCAGACUGGCAUCCUUGUUUCUUCACUAGUGAAAACAAUCAUAUGAGAUUGGAACUGUAGAACCUCAAAGAGUGACUCCUUGAGGAUCUGGGCACCAAUUGUGAUGGAACUUUGUUCUGUUUUGGAUACCCUACAUUGCAUGAGAACAGAUGGACGAGCAAAAGAUGGUGUGGUGAGAUAGCUGUUUUGGUUAGUUGAUGAACUUAGCUACUUGUUUGGGAAGCUCUCCAAAGGUGCAUAGAGACAACAAUGCGUUUGUCCCUAUUUCUCCACGAGUUUGAAAGACCUUGUUAGCACUCUUGUGAUAUAAACGGAUUGAGAACAUAUUGUGCCCUAGGCCUUGUUUGGGCGGCGCACUCACGCAUCAGACUUGUUUAUUUGAUAGACUAAUAGUUCCGUUUUAAAAUUUGCUCGGUCUGGCCAGGAAUCAAAUGCGAUUUAAAUAGUGUCGUGUCUAUUCCUGCUUGUAUAGACUAUAGUGCUCAUUUCGUGAUUGAUGAAAAGAAGAAAAUAAAGUGGGAUUGAAAAAUACUGAAAAAAUUGGACGAAAAUGCUUCAGAAAAGUAACACAUAAGGAGAAGAAGAAAAUUGAAAGUAUAUCGAAAGUGAUUAAGCCUCCACGUAUAUUUUUAAAUCUUAGCCAGUUUUACUUAUUGUACUAAUUACUUAUAAUAUUUUCCUGAUCACUUUUAACAACAAAAAUUCAUUAUGUGUGGAGUUAUAAUUUGUAAUUUUUGAACUCAUAGUUCUAUUUAUAUUUAUUUUUUAUAGAUGAAGUAUUUUUUGGCCAUGUCAUGCUUAUACUCAAUGGGAUCGCAAAAAUAUUAGGUCCGACAAUACCUGCUUAUAAACAGUGUCAUGCAUGUACUUGUGUUUGUACUCUCAUUUUUUUUUUACGCUGGAUGGUCGUUUCGUUAAUAACGAAACAAGACGUGCAGAGUUUACAACACUGAAAUGACGAAAAAACCAACAAAAAUAGGGUUGAAACAAAAAAAGGCGACCAAAUCAUCGCCAAUCCGAGCCCUCGACUGGAUCUAACCUCAACAUAGCCAUCCUUGUCCACAAGCCCCCUAAAUUUUCAUCCAAUACAACCAGGGUCCAAGCAUCACCGAAUCAUCCCCAUUUAUAAAUGAGCAUGUGGAGCUAGAUGGAGGACGAGACGGGGAGCAAGCGAGACGAACUCGGGCCCCUCAAACACUUCUAGAAAGAAACAUCCACACAUAUUUGGAUGAGGAGGGGCGCAAAAGCAUCUCCUCGAGGAGAUCAGAAAGAACCUCAUCACAAAGAGGGAGGAAGAGCUUAAAGGGAAAGACAAUAGCAGGGGGAGAGGAAAAGGAAAGUAAAAAGAGAGGUUAAGGGCUACCGCCGGUUCCAAAGUGGAGGCUAACGGCAGCCCAUCAUAGGUCUGGGUUUGAAAUCAAAUGUUAAGAGAGAAAAUGGGAAAGGUAGAGAGAGUGAUAGCCUAUUUGUGUUUGUACUCGUGAAGUUUAGGUCAUACAAAACAUAUGAAGUAUUUAUUCUCUUUUCAGGCUAGCCGAUAUACUACGUGCCCAUUCUCAUGCAUUCCCUAAUCAUAACGUGUCGUGCUAAUUCAUAUACGGGUCGAUCAGGUGCUCAUGUACAAUUGAGAAACAUAAAACAUCAAUUGCACUAUCCAUUAAAAUGUAGCAUUUCAUAAUAUAAUCUUAAAUGGAUU